AUGGCUGAGGGUUCUUGUAAGUGUUAUUCUAGUAAAGAAUGCGGUGUGUCCAGACGAUACUCUGCACAAACAGCCAUUGUGCCAUUAAAAACGUGUACAAAAGACGUUUUACCUCACCUGAGAGGUUGCUACAAAACAACGGCUAAAGGAGUAGACUUUGAGUGGAGACUCUGCCUCUACCGAGCAGGACUCUUCCAGGAAGACGGAGAUUGUUUAACUAUUUGUCUCUUACACAGAGAUGAGUUCGGAUUAGGCUGGCGACCAAGCAAAGCAUGCAAAUAUCCACUGCGCGACAGCAAACAAAAACCGACCAGAGGAAUUACUAAACGUUUAUCGGAAGAAAUAUAUCAGAAAUGGAAUGUGUUGUGUGAAAUCAGACAAGGUUAG